AUGGCUACCUCAACAACUGGCCCGGAGAGCCAGCAGCCCGAAAAGGAGGUGCAGGCUGUCACAAUUGACCCUGAGGCCGGCCAAGUCCACCCGCUUACUGGCAAGUCCUGGAUGUAUAAAUCUUUUAAGAUUGGUCCAUGGACUCUGCCGUACUUUGCCUCGCCUGAUGCACAGCUUCUCCUGGUCUCCUUUGUCUGCUUCCUCUGCCCGGGAAUGUUCAAUGCCGUUAGUGGCCUCGGAGGUGGAGGUCAGCUAGGUUUCAAGGACGUGAACAACGCCAACACCGCCCUUUACAGUACCUUUGGGGUUGUUGGGUUUUUCGCGGGCUCUGUUGCGAACCGCAUUGGUCUGCGUUUGACGCUCUCAAUUGGUGGUUUUGGUUAUUUUCUCUAUGUCGCAUCGCUACUGUCCUACAACCACAACCAAAACUCUGGCUUUCUGAUCUUUGCUGGUGCACUUUUAGGCGCCUGCGCUGGCCUACUGUGGUGCGCCCAGGGUGCCGUCAUGAUGAGUUAUCCGAACGAAAAGGAGAAGGGCAAAUUCAUCGCCAUUUUCUGGGUGAUCUUCAAUCUUGGCGGCGUCAUCGGCAGCUUGGUGCCUUUGGGUCAAAACCUGCACUCAGUGGCUGGUCAAGUAAACGAUGGGACUUACAUUGCAUUCAUGGUACUCAUGGCCUUGGGUUUCGUCCUGGCUUGGGGCCUCGCGGAUUCAAAGUAUGUCAAGCGCAAAGAUGGCUCGCACGUUAUCGUCAUGAAGAACCCUACCUGGAAAUCCGAGUUUAUGGGUCUCUAUGAUACUCUCCGCACCGACUACUAUAUUCUCCUCCUCUUCCCGAUGUUUUUGACAAGUAACUGGUUUACGGCGUACCAGUUCAACAGUGUCAAUGGUGCAUACUUCACCAUCCGUACACGAGCCCUCAACAAUCUGCUGUACUGGCUGAUGCAGAUGCUCGGAGCGUUCGUCUUCGGGCAAUUACUGGACUUGAAAUUUCUCUCUCGGCCCACCCGAGCCAGGCUGAAUCUUUUCCUUUUGCUGGUUCUCACAAUGGGUGUCUGGGGUGGAGGUUAUGCGUUUCAGAAGACCUACACUCGCGAAACAGUCAAGGCGGAUACCGACUGGACCAGUCACGGCUUCGUGGGUCCAAUGUUUUUGUACAUGUUCUACGGGUUCUAUGAUGCGGCUUUCCAAACUUGCGCAUACUGGUUCAUGGGUUCUCUGACAAACAACGGCCGCAAGCUGGCCAACUUUGCUGGAUUUUACAAGGGCAUCCAGUCCGCUGGUGCAGCAGGCAUGUGGCGGUUGGAUGCGGAGAAUACUCCCUUCAUGACGGAAUUCGCUACCUGCUGGGGCCUCCUUGCUGGCAGUAUUGUGAUUGCCUCCCCUGUAGUAUUCCUCAAGAUCAAGGAGCACGCGGACAUGGAGGCUGAUCUACGCUUCUCGGACGAGACCGCUCAAGAAGUGGGAGUAUCUGUGCCUUUAGAGGAGCAACAGUCCAUUGAUAAGAAGGAUGAGAAGCGCGUCUCUCUCAGUUAA